AUGGCUCCCAAAGUCACCGCCAACGCCGCUAAACAGGCUCUCAUACUUGCAUGGUUCCAUAAGACGGCGGUCGCACACAGCAUCAAGGACCUAGAGAAGGCUCUACCGUCCGUUGCCUCCAUCAAUGGUCUGCAGGUCAAGGACUAUCUGCAGGCGCUCUCCGACGACAACAAGAUCAGAGUCGAGAAGAUUGGGAGCGGCAACUGGUACUGGAGCUUUCCGAGCGAUGAAAAGAAGGCAAGAGAGGCUGCGCUUGAGAAAGCCCAGGAUGAGUAUAACAAGGCAUCUGCUAUCGCGGCGGACCUUCAGGCCAAGGUGGAUGAGGCUGGGGCUGCCCGUGAGGAGGACAGCGAGUUUCCCGCUGGUACUGGCGGCGAUCGUAAAACUCUCAUAACCCGCCAUGCCGAGCUGACCAAGGAGCUUGAGGUUUUGCGUAAAGAGCUCGCGGCCUACAGUGAACAUGACCCAGUCGAGAUGGAAAGGAAGAGCUUGGAGACUCGGAAGUUCAGAGACGAUGCUGAGAAGUAUACUGAUCACAUCCUCAGCAUGGAGGGCUGGCUCAAGGAACAGAUGGGUGGCGAUAGAGAACAGAUGGCGAAUAUCAUGCGUGAGUGCUAUGGGGAUGAGUUUGAUGAAGAGGAGGGUGGAUUACGUGAGCUGUGA